AUGGAUAAGUACGAGCGGGUUUUGUGCCUGGGCAGUGGAGGAGCAGCAGACGUGUUCCUGAUGAGGCAUGUGGAGCGCAGCAGCCUGCACGCGGUGAAGCGGAUCAAAGUCAUGGACUCAAGGACAGCAAAAACACAGAAGGCGAUUCUGCAGGAGGCUGACAUCAUCAGGAGGCUGCAGCACCCUCACGUUGUGACAUGCAGCGACGCCUUCGUGCACCCUGAUGAUGGAUUCAUUUACAUUGUGAUGAACUACUGUGACGGUGGGACAUUAGAUGACAAAGUGAAAGAGAGGAAACCAAAGCAGUUUUUCACAGAGGUUACAGUGAUGGGGUGGUUUGUGCAGGUCGCUACGGCUGUGAAUUACAUACAUGCCUCUAAGAUACUACACAGGGACAUCAAAACCUCCAAUGUGCUGCUAUCAAAGCGAGGCAUGGUGAAGUUAGGGGACUUUGGGAUAUCCAGAGUGAUGACCAACACAGCUGAUAUGGCCUCCACAUGUGUGGGGACACCCAGCUACCUCAGUCCUGAGCUUUGCCAGGACGUCCCAUACAGCUCCAAGUCUGACAUCUGGGCUUUAGGCUGUCUGCUGUACGAGGUGUGCGCUCUCAGACCUCCGUUUGCAGCCACAAACCUCCUGAGCCUGUUCUACAAGAUCACCAAAGGAGAGUAUGAGCCUGUGGAUAACGUGUACUCUGACGACAUCUGCUCUUUGAUUCACAGGAUGCUCUGCCUCAACCCCGAAAACAGGCCAAGUGCUGCCUGCAUACUCAGCAGUGGCUGUGUGCGAGACCACCUGGAGUCCCUCGCACACACAGACACUGAUGGUGUUGCUGUGACUGAUCCUAGAGGGGAGAGCUUUAAUAUGAGAGAGAAGAUCACAGACGUUCUCAGUCAGUCCCACUCAUGGGAGGAGAGAGAAGAAGAUACAGAGGUCACUUCCAGUGAUGUGGAGGAGGAAGACCAUGACGCUUUGUGCGCUGGAGGACAAACCUACUGCGACUAUCCUGAAGACUUUGAUGAAGAUGAAAGUGUGUCCUCUCUUGAAGAAAACACAGACCACUCUGGGUCCAUGACGAGGAGUGACUCUGCUGAGCCUGAUGCGCUCCCAGAGGCUCCUGAUGCGUCAGGACAGGUUGAGUACCCAGAUGACUUCGAGGAGGCUGAGCUGGAAGACGAAUAUGAGGACGAAGCAGCCUUGGUCCACGCUGCGGCUCCUCAGCAGCCACAUGACGACCCGCUGGAGGAGGAGUUUCAGCUGUGUGAUGCCGGAGGACUGACCGUCACCCUGAAAGCACUGAAGGAGAAGGGCUAG